UGUGCUCACAGUGAAGUGUAUGGAAAAACCUUUUAAAGCAACUCACAAUCACCAAUGUGUGAUUUAUCACCUGUAGUGUGCUCUGAAAAGGAAGAUCCAGUUACACACAAGAAUUUAUUCUAUCUAUAUUUAUUCAAAUAUAUUUCCAAGACAUAAAUAGGGAGUGAAUAAUAGGAAAUUGACUGAAGAAAAAAGAAAAAGAAAACCAAGCUGGAGCAGGAAUGAAGUUUUUCUACUGUUGGACGAGUAAGACGGAGAAAACAUAAAAUAAAGAGAAUUAAGCACCUUAGUGACCAGUGCAGACAAUGAGGAUGCAUGGAUAGUGAGCACAAGGAAAUUUAAUACCAGAUUUAUUCUUGUUGAAAAAACAAGUGGUGUAACUCUGUACUCAAUAUCCAAAUUAUUCAUAUGUAUUCAUCAUGUCCACUAACACUUUGUACAGUUGUUUGUGCUCACCUCUAUUUUUGCUCUGCAGCUGUUAAGGAUCUAGUCUGACCCUCCUCCACAGACCUCUGCUCCUAAAUUUAAGAGACUUGACAAAUAGUAUUCAUUCUUAAAUCUACAAGAAAGAAUAGAGGUGACUUUAUCACUUUCAUCUUUCUGAAAUUUUACUGUUAGCAGUUUGACAAACCUAUGGUAAAAGUCCCAGUAAGACAUCGUGUGUAUGAUCAGGUAUUACCUCAGGUAGGAACCCUGUAAUGUUUUUCCACCCUCAGGUAGAAUAGCGAAUAACUGCUGAACUAUGCUUUGUUGUUUUUUGUACUCUUGUUUAUGUAUUUAUCGUAUCUUAUCUAACUGCAUUGUUAGAAUAUUCUAAUUUCACUGUGCAAGUGUGCACAUAUGUGUAUAUUUUGCUUGUGUGUUUGUGUGAGUCCACAUCUGCGGCUGUGUAAUGAUGGUAAACCAGUGAAUGGAGCACAGAGGGUCUUAAACAAACUCAUUAAUCAAGAUGGUGAUGUGAGGUGACCUGAGAGCGCACAGGACUGAUCCCUGAAGAGCAGCUGGAACUAACGACUCUGGUCUCUGCCUGUCGGCCAUUUUUUAAGUACAUUCACUGAAACUGGCUUAAAAUGUCGUGAAGAUUGAGAUGCAAGUAUGACUGAAACUGAAAAAAACAUAUUUUCUUGAUGCAGAAGCUCUUUGUUCUGUGGAUUGAGAUUGUGCAGUGCUUCUAGAAAUACAAACUACUGCAGCUGAUCUUGAGUUGGCUGCUGCCAUGACUGGACAAAGUCCUUGACCUCAUACACAAUGGUUCAUUUUGGGCAGAACUUACCCACAGUCCACACCUACAGUCCAGCGUUUGCUGGUGUCUCUCCUUCUUUCUGAUUUUGUUCCACCAGAUUUGCAUGACAGGUCAUAGGAAUGAUUCAAACAGUAGCGCAGGUGGAGUUUUAUUUGCCUACCAUGCAAGGAAAGACGACAAGCCAAGCAGGUAAACGCUCACUCCUCACUGUUCCUGGCUGCAGAGAUUGAGACGCUGAGCUUGUCUGGAAUCCAAAGUUCUACAGCGGAGCCAAGAUGGGAAUAAAGGAAAUGUUCAGUUUGGCCCGGGUGCCCUCCAUCCUCGUGCUCGGGGUGGUUUACGUGGCCUAUGUGCUGAUCGGCGGGGUGGUUUUCUGGAAGGUGGAAGGAGAUCUCGGACAAAAGGACAUCAGUGUUUUACUGUUGAACAAAAAAAGGCUGCUCACGACGUACACCUGUCUGAACCAAGACGGCCUGGAGGCAGUGGCUCAGGUUGUUCAUGAUGCAUCAAAGGUGGGCCUUAGUUUGAGAGGCAACUACACCACAGACGGCUUCUGGAAAUUCACCAGCUCAGCUGUGUUUGCUGCAACUGUGGUGACAACUAUAGGUUAUGGGAACAUUAGUCCUAGUUCAACAACCGGACAGAUCUUCUGUGUGUUCUUCGCCGUGUUUGGGAUCCCGCUCAACAUGGUGGUCCUCAACAGGGUGGGCAAGUACAUGCUUGUAAUAGAGAGGAACGUUUCCGACUUCCUCGAGGGGAAGACCAGACGGAAGUGUACCCGCUUUUUUGUCCACCUGGUGUCUUACCUGUCCGGAGCAGCUCUCUUCUUCAUUGUGCCCAUGAUUGUGUUCCAACAACAUGAGGGUUGGACCUACUCCCAGGCCAUCUACUACUGCUUCAUCACCCUCAGCACUAUCGGCUUUGGAGAUUAUGUGGCAGACAAUAAUCCAGACAAAGAAUACCCAGAGUGGUACAGCGUCCUUAUGGCCUCGUGGAUCUUCUUCGGCCUGGCCUGGCUGGCCCUGCUUAUCAACCACUCCAUCGACAUCCUGGAGCGGCUCAACGCCCACUUCAAACUGCAGUGGGGUGGACAAAAGCCGGAGGACGAGUCUGGCAACGCAGAGGGCAACAACCCCAACACACAAAUGGAGGAGGAAGAUGAGAUCAAGAAGCCUCCAAUAACUCAGUAACCUGCUAAAUCAGAAGAUUUCAGUGAGUUGACGUAGUUAUAGAAUAAUCUGUCUGUCUGUACAUCAGGACCUGGGAAACUGGCAGAAAUGAUGCAAUAUGGGUGUGUGUGUGUGUGUGUGUGUGUGUGUGUGUGUGUGUGUGUGUGUGUGUGUGUUAUAAGACAGUAAAUGUUGAGCGUCUGUGAUGAUUUAAUGUGUCUGUGCUAUGGUUGGUCAGUUCUGAUCCCACUCUCCUUAAGUGCAGCUAAAAUAUCGACUCAUUUUUGUUGAGUCAGGUUUGUUUGUUUGACAGCAAACAACUUCCACACUGUUUAGUCUCUUAUCACUUUGUUUCGUGAACUGUAAACAAGUGACGCUUCUUAAUCUACCUGGUUAAAGAAAAAAAAAAGAAACUGUUUGAGAUUAGUCUGAGGAAGGAUACUGGGGCAACACUUACUUUGGUCUGUCUGUUGCUUCCCCCACCGACCAGAAACCAAGUCGUUUGGCAACUUAGUGGUAUUUUACAGUUGACAUCAAAGCUACAGAAGGAGCUUUAUGCACCAGGUACCUGAUGUCUGCAAUCAAAAUCACAGGCAAUUAAAAAUACAUGUAAAUAAUGUCAUUUGUUUUGCAUGAUGAUGAUGUAAAUGACACAUUCCUUUGCCAUCAUGGAAGGUAUCAAGGUUUUAAAUGAUCUGGUUAACAACGACUUGUUUAGAAAUUGCAUUUAAAAGGACAAGAAACAUUUGUUUGUUACUUUUAUUACUGUUUUAUUUUUGAAUACCUGUGAUGCAAGUUAAAUGGGCUAAGAAAAAAUGUUAUGCAUUUUAUUUUAUUUAAUUCCAUUGUAAGAUAAUGUUAAUUAUCUCAAGUUUUAAGGUCACUAAUUGUCAACCACACUUUCAACACAAUAUUAACAUGCUACAGGUACUGUGUAAAUAAAUCAAAUACUGGAAACAUUUCGUUUUAAAAAAGAUCAUUCAAACUAAACCGAAACCAGAGCAAUCCAUGUUAUUAGAUUACCUGUUAAAUAUUUACCUGUUUGCUUUUAUUUUAUGUAACAAAUGUUAAAACACUGUUACAACAACUUUUUUUAAAUUAUUAUUAUUUAUUCAUGCGCUAGUCGUAGAGUGUUUCAGUAGACUGUAGCUCAUCUGUGCCACUCACCUGUGCUGACAUUAGUUUUAUAGCCACUAGGUGGUGCCACUGCACCCACACUGGAGAAACUAACCAAAAGCAAAGCAGCAAAUAUAGUGUACCAUGUUGAAAUCAUAGAAACUAUUUUGAUCUCAUCGUCACAGCAAAUAUACACUUCAGUUAAGAAUAUAAGAAUUCUUCUGCAAUAAAGAAAUUCCUGUUUGAUAUCAUGUUGUAAUUGUUGCAUCAUUAAAUA